UGAAUUAUUCAUGAGUAAGUGUCUCUCGCCCCACCCAGAAAGGCGUCGUUGACUAUUCAUGAGCCCGAAAGGGUUUGGGCUCGAAAAGGCCGUUGGGCAUCCUUCUGAGAGACCUGAGAGAGACCUCGAGGAGCUGAGGUUUGACUUGUUAAAAGAAUCUUGAUACAUUACUACAAUGGCCACUGCUCAGCUCUCUCGCUCUAUCAAAAUUCACAAAGCAUCUAAGGAAACAGUUUUUCCAUCCCAAAUCACUAAUGAGCAUGCGUCAUUGAUAAUGGUGAAGAAACUUUUUGCUACUUCUAUCUCAUGUAUAACAUAUCUAAGGGGCCUGUUUCCAGAGAGCUCUUAUGGAGAACGCCAUUUGGAUGACCUCAGUUUAAAAAUACUUCGAGAAGAUAAAAAAUGUCCGGGGUCACUGCAUAUUAUCAAAUGGAUUCAAGGCUGUUUUGAUGCUUUGGAAAAGAGAUACCUACACAUGGCAGUACUUACACUUUACACAAAUCCCAAGGAACCUGAGAAAGUGACUGAAAUAUACCAGUUCAAAUUCAAAUACACAAAACAAGGAGCCACUAUGGAUUUUGACAGUAGUAGUACAAGCUUCGAAAGUGGGACAAACAGUGAAGAUGUUAAGAAAGCCAGUGUUCUACUGAUCCGCAAAUUGUACAUACUAAUGCAGAACCUUGGACCCCUUCCUAAUGAUGUUAUACUUACUAUGAAACUCCACUACUAUAAUGCAGUGACUCCUCAUGAUUACCAACCCCCUGGUUUUAAAGAAGGGGUAAAUUCACACUUCCUGCUGUUUGAGGGGGAGCCUGUAAACCUGCAAGUGGGAUUGGUCUCCACUGGCUUUCAUAGCAUGAAAGUAAAAGUCACAACUGAGGCCACCAGAGUGUCUGAUUUGGAGAACAAUCUCUUUCAGGAGAACAGCACAACUGAGAUUACCCAUCAGGGUCUAGACUUUGAUGAGGAAGAAGAAGAAUGCAGCAAUCAUAGAGCCCAGCACUCUAUCUGUAGCUUCCCGGAGGCCAUGGAAAGGAAACACAGGCUCCGUGACUGCUUUGACCAGAUUCAAAGAAUGAAUUUUGUGUGCAGUCAGCAAAGUUCUCAGAGCUCCAGGAAGAAGAGGAAGGUCAGCGAACCAGUGAAAGUCUUCAUCCCUGACAGAAAAUGAAAGUUAGAUACCUUCACUGCAUUUAUUCUAAAAUAAUUUUAUUUUACAACAAACAUGCAUGAAGUGUCUUAAUAGGAAAGUAAGUUCCUGUCACCAAAAUCUUUUACUAAAUUUGUUGCUCAACUUUUUUAGUCAAUUUACUAAGUGCUAACUUACUGAGUAGAGCAUGGGUUCACUUUGUCACAAGAAAACAAGGUUACUGGGGCUGCCUUGGGAUAGCAUUACUUUAAGGCUGAGUUAGAGACAAGACAGCCUUUAUAUUUGUAAAAGAACCACAGCAGCUAUUUUGAAAAGACAUAAGCUGUUCUCAAAGGAAGGAGGGUUUUCUUUGCAUAACUAAACUCCCCAGGUAUUUAGACUACUGUGAAAUGUUGUAACUUGUUGUAACCUGUGUACUGGAACCCUCUAUAGCUUUAUUAGAAUUCCCACAGACUUGCAUGGAUGUAUGCGGUGGUGCUUAUGCAGGUGUGAUUUUUAUGUUAACUUCAAUCACGAGAUUGAUCAGCCAAGUGUUGGACCAAAGUGUACUCUCCCUGUAAAGUUCCUCAAAUCUGGCCUGAUGCCCUGCUCUGUUGGCCAACCUGAGACAGGCAAUAGGCUGCAAUGCAGAAGACUGGCUCCCUUCUUAAGGCCCACGUUGAAUGCUUCCCAACAAACACUUCAGUUUAUCAGUCUGUAACCUGCAGACUGUUCAUUCCCUCAUUCUGAGGGAAUUUUGACAGACUUAAUGAUUAGUAUUAGAUGAAUAAUAAGUGACUGAAAGUGUUUUUAUUAUUUAGUAACAUGCAAUUUAAUAACUUAAUUUAAAUGGAUAGGACUUCAAUAAGCUAAAUGUUGAAUAUGUGUGCUUUCCAGUUAAAUAAAACCAAAAUGCACAGUAUUUU